ACAACCAAGAGAAAGUUGAUGCCAACAGGAGCUUCUACCAAAUGUGUGGAAUCCCAGGAGUUAUUGGAGUGGUGGAUGGGACGCACAUCCAAAUAAUAAGGCCGACAAGGAACGAACAUUUAUUUUUUAACCGCAAAUUAAAGCACAGCAUAAAUGCAAUGGUGGUAUGUGAUCACCGAAUGCGUAUUAGGGCUGUCAACGGAAGAUUUGGAGGUGCGUCACAUGAUUCCCAUGUGUGGAACUUGUCAAGCGAGCGGGAUUAUUUAAAAUCAAAUUAUGAGAAUGGCGAUAAAGGUGUGCGAAUCCUUGGUAGGUUCCUUUUAUAUGCGCUACAUCCAUUCACGAAAUCUUUUAUUGACAAUUGCUCUUCCACACUACCAUUGGUGACUCUGGAUAUCCGCUGGAACCAUGGCUACUAACUCCGUAUAGAAAUACUGCGGAAAAUUCUGACGAGCUGUUUUUUAAUCAAAGUUAAUCGAAAGGAAGAUCAAUAGUAGAACGAGUAUUUGGCGUGUUAAAAGGCCGAUUUAGAUGCCUUUGAGCUGCACGGGAGCUUCAUUAUGCUCCAGAAAAAGUUGUUAAAAUACUGAACGAAGCAACCUACAGAUAUUAGAACUGAGCCAGACGAAACUGUAACCGUUAAUGCUGAUAAUACAGAAGAAAUAAAUUUUCUCAACAUUGCUAGAAGAUUAAGAGAAGAAAUAAAAAGCAAUUUGGUAGCUACUCGAAAUUCCAUAUAAUAAGUAAACAUGAUUUUGCAAUAAAUAAUUUAUUAAAUUAAGAGAACUUCAGUCUUUCGUUACAUAGGAGCA